AUGCGGCGGCUGCGGGCGGCGCUCCCGCUGCUGCGGGCGGCGCUCCCGCUGCUGCGGGCGGUCCCGCUGCCCCAGGCAGGUGCCUCCCGCCACAGCCCCCGGAGCGCCCGCGCCAGCCCCUCAGCCGGGCCGCUCCCUCACCCGCUGCUCCCCGCAGGCAGAGCCCGGCCGAGCCACAGCGAGCCGCGGGGCCGGCAUGGACGCGGCGAGGAGCAGGAGCAGGAGGAGGAGGAGGAGGACAUGGGAGGGUGGCAGCAGCUGUACCCCGGGCACAUCCCCACCAGCCCGCUGCAGAAGGCGCUGCUGGCCGCCGGCUCCGCGGUCAUGGCGCUCUAUGACCCCUACAGACACGACAUGGUGGCAGUCCUUGGGGAGACCACAGGCUGUCUGGCCCUGCCAAACCUGCGAGACAAGAUGAAAAACCACCCUGAAGGUUACCGCAUCCUCCAGGAACGGCCUCGCAUCCGUCUGUCCACCCUGGACAUGGCCAGGCUGCAGGGGCUGCCGGAGGGCUCCCUGGGCCGGGAGUAUGUCCGGUUCUUGGAGGACAAUAAAGUUUCUCCAGACACCCGGAUGCCGCCCAAGUUUGUUGAUGAUGAAGAGCUGGCAUACGUGAUCAUGCGGUACCGGGAAGUCCAUGACCUGAUGCACACCCUCCUGGGCAUGCCGACCAACAUGCUGGGUGAGGUGGUGGUGAAGUGGUUCGAAGCCGUCCAGACGGGGCUGCCCAUGUGUGUCCUGGGAGCAGCGUUCGGCCCUGUCCGGCUCAGCACACGAAAGCUGCAGGUCCUGGCCACCGAGCUGGUUCCCUGGGCGAUUCGGAGCGGGCUCAACGCCAGCUGUGUCCUGAGCGUCUACUACGAGCAGCGCUGGGAGCAGCCAGUGGAGUCCCUGCGGGAGGAGCUCGGCAUCUUCCCUCCCCCGGCCGUCCGAGUGUGAGCUCAGCUCAUGUUGGGAAGAGCCCGGGGGAUCCCUGUUGGCAGCCAGCAGCUGGCCCCAGCCACACUCAAAAUCCUCCUGCCCUGCCCAGGAGCACAGCAUGGCUGUAGCCCUUCCACCAUGGACCCCAGCGCUGUGUUUUCUCCUGCCGAGAGCUGGCACCAACCUGGUAGGGGCCAACUGGCUGUGACAAAAACUCGACCUUUUUUGCUGUUUGUGAUUUUGGUCGAGGUCAGAUGUGCCUUUGCCAGCUGGUCUGGCUGCUCAGGUCUCCCAGCAGCAGCAGCGUUCCAGUACUGAUGCUCCCAAGUGCUGGGACAGGGAGGGAGCACACUGCAGCAAAGGGAUGCCUUGGCCUUCUGCAGCCCCAGGGCUGUGCAGGUAAAUCCUUCUUCCCACCCUUCCCAUCCUGGGAAGAUUGAAGCUUCAGAUCUUGGGGCUGCCCUGGACUGGAGCUAAACCUGUGAUUUUCCAGAGGAGCACAGGGGCAGGUUUGGUGUGUGCAGUGGUGAAAUCCCAUUUUGUACUGGUGCCUAACUGGUCUCCUGUUGGGUCAUAUUGGAUGUGCCUCACUUCCUGCCUCAGAGACCAGGCAUUGUGUGAUUGUGCCCACAGGGCAGGCAGGGAAAUACCUUUGGAUAUUUUCCCUCCUGGAUUGGCUGUUUUGAGAGCCGAUUCCAGUCUGCUGCGUCUCCCUGUAGUCCCUCCCCAUCAACAAUUAUGAAAUCCAUAUGAUUGUGCUGGCUGUUCAGUAGGAAUCAUCCCUUCCUUGGGCAAGAAAAUGACACAAUUGGGAUUAUGGGAUUGAAUGCAGUGAGUGCAGAAGCAGCGGCUGCUGGUGCUGUGUCUGGGAGCUGAUGGCUGUCCGGGUUAAUUAAACUGUGCUCCAGACUGCCAGCAGCCAGGGAGCAGAGUUGCUGGAUGUGAUGGCAAAGAGCCACGAGGCCAGGGGCUCUUUGUUCAUGAGUGUUUGCUGUUGGAAUUCCUUCUUGUUUAAUAAAUCCACACUAGGGCUUGUA